AUUCAAACUUCAGUCAGCACAGUCAGAAACAACAAUGCCCCAGACAGCUCUGCCAGUGCAUUUCUCUUCCAUUCAGAGAGCAGCAGUGACUCUGUGGAGGGCAGUGUGCAUAGUGUUGACAGUACAGCAUCGCAGACACUCAUGAGUGCAAAGGAUUCUGAGCGAGUUGGCAAUGAAAACCACUUUGGGUCUGGAGCCACAUUAACUACAACACCAGCACUUACUCUACACCACUCAGGGGCUCAUGACCAAAGAGCUGACAAAGUUAAUACUUCAAUUACAGGAUACACUCCCUCCAGUGUACACACGAUCCCGGAGGAAGCUCUCUGGGAGGGCAGCCACAUUACGACUGAGGAACAGUUAAAAGAGAGUUAUACAUCCAUAGUAAAUGAUGAUUCUCUGAGUGGUUUGGACAACCCUAAACUCAGUGUACAAAACAAUGCGUUAACACCGACAACAAACAAAAACCUGUUGGGACCUGGACGUCCCUGUGUGCUUGGUCUGAGUACUUGUGUAGUUCUUACUAAUACUAAUGGCACCAAUCUGCUCUGGGAUGGCCCACUGGCAUUUGCCUGGGAACUACAUGUUUUUGGAUCAGCCAGCCUUUUCAUAUUGAUGGCAGUCCUGGCAGUUUUGGGAAUGGCCAGUGCAUGCACUCUUCCUCGUCCCUUCUGUGACGCCCUGACUUUGGCAAAUAGUCUCCUGAUCCUGAGUGGUAGUCUGCGUGGUGUCGUCCUCCUACUUGAUCCUUAUGGUACCCGUCAGAUCCUGUCCCGUUCAACUCUGGCAGCACUCCAUAAUGUUCCUCUGCUGCUCCUUCUGUGGGUGCAGGUUGCUCUCUCCCUUGUCACUCUCAGAGGGUUGAAAUUAUUUAUUUUCCCGCUUAAACUUCAGCACCCGUGGGUGGUUGGAGGGCUGGCUAUAUCACAUUGCACUUUAUUAAUUGUAGCAGACCUUUUCUCUCCAACUUUAUGCCCUGCUCUCGCUCUGUUGCUGCAGACCCUCUCCCUCUGCUGGGGCCUCCCAUUCUGCAUGGGAAUCCUCAUCAAGUCUUUCUCUCGUCUACAUCCCCUUCUCAGGUUAUCUCUACCUCAGUGGGUUCCUUCACAAAGAGUUGAAAAACGUGCAAAGCGAGUGACAGCAGUGUGCGCCUUCUUCGGGUUUCUCUGCUGCAGCCUUCAGAUGUAUAGUGUCCUCUGGCUUUACGGACUUCUGGGGAACUGGAGGCACUUUGGCUGUGGCUGGUGGCUGAGUCAGUUUUGGGCAAGAAUUCUCGAGUUAGCUUGGGGAUUUUGGUUGCUUGUCCUGGGAUCCUGGAUCUUCUGGGCACCAUCUAGAGGUAAUUCAAGGGGCAAUCAUGGGCAGGGCAGAUAUGAAGUGCCUAAAGUGGUGGAGGAGACCAGUUUGUGGGGUAGGGUCUUGGCCAGCAUACGGAAAGGGACACUAAGAAAUUCAGAGAAAUCCUGGGAAGACCUGAUGCCAAGUAACUGGGCAAAGUACGAGCUGUCUAGAGCAAGUUUUACCGACAACUUAAUGUGUCCGUAUGACGAUCAGCCGUUUACCGUUACACCAGAAUACAAGCCUAAUCCUGUUAGCAAUAGCAGACCUGACUCUCAGGCUGCACUACUGUGGCAAAGAGUUGGGGAACGUGAAUGUAUUCUUUCACUAAUAGAAUUUGACAUGCGGCCUCCAUCGCCUAUUAACCUCAGGCGCAGCAUUGACGAUGCCCUUCACCAUAGGCAGCUUGUAGCAGGUCUGUUCACACCUCAACCUCCCUCUUGGACACAAACUAUGGGCCCAGACACCAUUGAUGGACAUUGUGGUACAAUAAUAUUCCCUCCACCUUAUGUUAGCAAUGGGUGGACGUUGGAUACAGAUUCAAUGUCUGCAUCUCUCGACCAAUUCCAAGUAAAAGAGCCGAUACCGUCGGCCAGUGUUGCCACUGAUUAUAAUGGUUUUGUUGGGUCUUCAGCUGCUGCACAUCAGGGAGAAGAAUUUAACUCAGCGCUCUCAGAAGUGAUGCAUCAACAUGACUGGUCUGAAGAAGAUGUCACAGGCCUCUAAGCUCUCUCUUAUGUCAGGAGCUUAUACUCUCAACCAUCUAGCCUUCUUGAAAUGGCACAAUCACAUGGCCACAUCAAAGCAAAAACUGCUUUCUUGUGUUGGUCUAAUAUUAGCUUUAAUGUAAUCAAAUGACUUAAGAUUAGUAUGUUUUGUAAAAAUAUAUGGAUGUUGUCUAUUCAUUGUUAUUUGACUUCCAUUAGGUCUGAAAUACAUUUGUAUGUGUUCUAGCACAACUUGAUCCACAAGUAAAGAGCAUGGACAUUUUCCCGAGAGGAUAUAAUGAGCAUUUCACUUUAUUCAUUUCUAACAUUUUAUACUGUUUUGUUUCUAUAGGCCAGUGUUAUUUGUGUAUGCAGGAUGGACCCGUUUUCAAUUCAAGUGUGAAAAUCCUAUCAUCUGAGUCAACACCGCUCCUGUUUGUAUCAGAUCCCUGGUUAAAAGUCACGUGAGCAUUUGUUUAAGCUCAUCUUUGAUAAUAUGUGAAAGCUGCAUUAUUUUCCUCUGCAAAAAUGAAUAUGGUUGUAUGUUUUCAUUGUGUAUAAAAUAAAGCGACUUUAUAUGAAUUACCUUGAUGAAGGUGCAGAAAAGUUGCAUUAAAA